CCUCUUUGCUGGAAUUUCUGUUUUCUUUCAAAUAAUUGUUUCUUAAUUAUUGAAUUUUUCUCCGUAUCCAUAUGGAUUCGAUUCUUUCUGCUGUUUCUCGAACUGUAUUUCCACGUUCGAGCGUAAUUCCUGACGCUGAUUUGAAGAAUUUGCCUUGCAUCCUCGCAUACUACAGCCGGCCUGUAUUCAGAAAGCCCGUUGUUGCUUAUACUUCCACUUCACCCUGCCGACGGCGCCAACUCUCGGAAUUUCGCUGGAAAGCGGCGGUUUCCACCUCUGAUACCACCGGUACCACCAAUUCCGUCCCUCCACGAGAAGGGAUGUAUAUCGUUGGUGAUUUUAUGACGAGAAAAGAGGAUUUGCAUGUUGUAAAACCUUCGACUACUGUUGAUGAAGCAUUGGAGAUGCUAGUCGAGAAAAGAAUUACUGGAUUUCCUGUGAUCGACGAUGACUGGAAGUUGGUUGGUGUUGUCUCUGACUACGACUUGUUAGCGCUUGACUCUAUCUCAGGCAGUGGUCAACAUGACACAAAUAUGUUUCCUGAUGUCGACAGUACUUGGAAAACAUUUAAUGAGAUUCAGAAGCUACUCAGCAAAACUAACGGGCAAGUUGUCGGUGACCUCAUGACCCCUGCUCCCCUUGUUGUUCAUGAGAACUCAAACCUGGAGGAUGCUGCGAGGUUAUUGCUUAAAACCAAGUACCGUCGACUUCCAGUUGUAGAUGGCGACGGAAAACUGGUUGGCAUUAUCACACGGGGAAAUGUGGUUAGAGCUGCCCUUCAAAUAAAACGUGCUAGUGGCACAAUAUAAAUUCAAGACCGUAGAAAUUAGUAUCAUGGCAAAUCAAUUUCAGCAUCAUAGCAAAUGUGCAAUAUGGUUCUUCAGCCUCUUCGGUUGACCGCUUAUAGUAUAUGGUGAUAAUUAUUUGAUGAUUUCUCUUACAAGCAUUCCUAUUGGGCAAUCCAAUUCAAAAUUUGGAUUUUAAGUAUCUAGAAGACCCCCAAGACUUGGAACUUUAUUCUUAUGCCGACUUGUGUCGAUAAAUUUGGUAGAUAUGUACCCUUAUUUGGCAUUUAUUAGAAUCUAGAAAUUCUAGCUAAAAUAUUGGAGAUCUUCCCUUCAUCCCCUCGAGCGAAAGUUACUGUAGAACGAUCUUCUCUCCCAGGCCUCCAUCGGGCGGCCUUAUACUAAGUGUGAGUUUAAUGAGGCUCUAUAUCUGUUGUUUUCCUUUCUGAUUUCUGAACGUCUAAUUUUACUCUUUGCUUCUUCAACUUUGUUA